GCUGCGCACGCGCGGUGGGCCAGAGGUUGAUGGGCCACGGCUGAAUUUAGCCGGCUCUGAGGGGGUCGCCGAGUGGGCCUGAGGCGAGGCGAGGUGGGGCGGGGCAACCGGCACCAUGUCGAGGCAGGCGAACCGUGGUGCGGAGAGCAAGAAAAUGAGCUCUGAGCUCUUCACCCUGACCUAUGGGGCUCUGGUCACCCAGUUAUGCAAGGACUAUGAAAAUGAUGAAGAUGUGAAUAAACAACUGGACAAAAUGGGCUAUAACAUUGGAGUCCGACUGAUUGAAGAUUUCUUGGCACGAUCAAAUGUUGGGAGGUGCCACGACUUUCGGGAAACUGCAGAUGUCAUUGCCAAGGUAGCGUUUAAGAUGUACUUGGGCAUCACUCCAAGCAUCACCAAUUGGAGUCCAGCUGGUGACGAAUUCUCCCUAAUUUUGGAAAAUAACCCCUUGGUGGACUUCGUGGAACUUCCUGAUAACCACUCCUCCCUUAUUUAUUCCAAUCUCUUGUGUGGGGUGUUGCGGGGAGCCUUGGAGAUGGUCCAGAUGGCUGUGGAGGCCAAGUUUGUCCAGGACACCCUGAAAGGGGAUGGUGUGACAGAAAUCCGAAUGAGGUUCAUCAGGCGGAUUGAGGACAAUCUCCCAGCUGGAGAGGAAUGACCAUUCUCGGGACUUCAGAGGGGCCACCAGGAGCACUUGUUGGAAUUGGAAAGCCUUAGUGCUCUCUCUGCCCUCUAGAACUCAGUGACUCCUUAACACAGAUGUUAUAUAUUCUUCUAACCUUGUUUCCAUUCUUCAUGAUAAUAAAGAGCAGACUGUGAUACAGUCCAUUUGCCCCACAAGUGUGUACACAUUCAGGAGGGAAAUUCUUUACUCCCUUUCCCUGCAAAGGGGCAGGAUGUAAUUGUCUUUGGUUGGACUAGAAAGCGCUCAAACCAUUUUACAUUCCUGAUCGAAUUUUCCAGAGAAAAACUCACUUUGACUCCAUUAGGAGGCAGGCCUGACACACCUGUCCCUUGGCCUUCAGAAAGGGAGUCCAGGGUUGGGGUGGAGUGGUGGAAGGAGGAGAGGUGGGGAGGGGCGUGGGUAGGAAUUGCUAGCUGUGGUCUGACAAAGUAUAGUGCUUGCCAGGAAAGGGGGGCCAGACAUGCCGGAAACACUGACUUCUGGGAAACCUCCCAGGUCUCUCAUUCCUCCCUGCUGUUUGGAGGCAACAUCUCCUCUUUUUACAGAGGGUCCAUCCUUUUUUCUUAUGAACUCUUCAAUAAAGACACAUUCUUCAGUGAAAUCCCAA